AUGGAAGAUCCUAUAAAGUGGCCUCCAGUAUUUGAAGAACUAAGACCAUCUCUUCAAGACAAUCAGUCAAUGUCACCAGCAAUAACAGUUGCACCAUUUCUAAAAGAAGGCUUAUCCCUCUCCAAUGCCUUGACACCAGAAGAAUGCAAAGCCAUUGUGAGCUUAACAGAGUCUAAAGGUUACCAAGAUGCCAGUCAGUACUGCUACAUGUACAACGACAGAUAUAAUGACAGAUACAUGUCCGAUGACCCCAAACUCUCCGAGUUCAUAUGGGACCGCCUCAAGCCGUAUAUCCCUGCAAGGGUAGAAGCCUUUGAUGCUCAAUGGAGCCUAGAGGGUCUCAAUACCAGAUUCAGGUUCUGCAAGUAUGUUUCGGGGCACUAUUUCGGUGCACAUACGGAUGGUAUCUACACCAUCAACUCCGAUCACAAAAGCAUUCUUACUUGCAUGUUCUACCUAAAUGGUACGGAUGAGUUUGAAGGAGGGCUGACAAACUUUAUUACACACAAAACAAGAAAACUGAAGCACUCUGUGACGCCAGAGCCUGGGCUAUGCGUCAUUUUCCCACAGGCAAAUCUAGACUUUUAUCAUGAGGGAACAAAAGUUACCUCAGGAGUCAAGUAUAUAAUGAGAACUGAUGUAAUGUAUAAAAGGAUAACAUCAUAA